GUUGAAAGGGUAGAGGUCGUUACAAACAUGGCUGCCCCCCUGGAUGACAUGUUUUCCCUGUGCGUGGACCCCGGUAAAGUUGCCAGCAGCGUAGAAGUCCGAUUUAUAGACAACACAAAGGGGAAGGGUCUCUUUGCUAAAAGGAGCAUCAAGAAGGGAGACACCAUUUUCAUUGAGCGGCCGCUGGUCUCUGCGCAGUUCCUGUGGAAUGCUUUGUAUAAAUAUAAAGCCUGUGAGUAUUGCUUACGAGCUCUGGAGAGUGCAGAGGAGAAUGCAAGGAGACUCAGUGGCAACUCCUCACUCAGCCUUCCUCAUCCUGAGCUCUGCCGUGUUCGCCCCGAGCUGCACCAAGCCUGCCCUCAAUGCCAGGUCAUAUACUGCAGCAGCGAGUGUCGGCAAGCUGCAUCUGAACAGUACCAUCGGGUUCUGUGUCUGGGUCCCUCUCAGGAAGAUCCAGACCACCCCAUCAACAAGCUCAAAGAUGCAUGGAGAAGUAUGCAUUAUCCCCCAGAGACUUCCAGUAUCAUGCUUAUGGCCAGAAUGGUAGCUCUAGUCAAACAGGCCAAAGACAAAGCACACUGGCAGAAGCUGUUCUCUCACUUCUGCAGCCGUGCAGCGAAUGAGGAGGAGGAAAUCGCCCACAAGCUCCUGGGAGAGCAGUUCAGGGGGCAGCUGGCCUUGUUACACGGUCUUUUUACAGCAGCACUUUAUGAUGAUAAUCUCAGUCGGUGGUUUGUUCCUGAGGGUUUCCGUUCCCUGUUUGCUUUGGUGGGAACAAACGGACAAGGCAUCGGCACCAGUUCCCUGAGUCAGUGGGUUCAUGCCUGUGAUGCACUUGAGCUCCCUGCCCAGCAGAGGGAGCAAUUGGACGCUUUUAUUGACCAGCUGUACAAGGACAUUGAAAAAGAAACGGGAGACUUUCUGAACUGUGAGGGCUCUGGACUCUUUCUGCUUCAAAGCUCAUGUAACCACAGCUGCAUCCCAAAUGCAGAGGCGUCUUUCCCGAACAACAAUUUCCUGCUUCACCUCAGUGCUCUUAGUGACAUCAACCCAGGAGAGGAGAUCUGCAUCAGUUACUUGGAUUGCUGUCAGCGGGACAGAAGCCGACACAGCAGGCACAAAAUUCUGAGGGAGAACUACCUGUUCAUCUGCUCAUGUCCAAAGUGUGUGUCUCAGAUGGAUGAGCUAGAUGUGACAUCUGAGGAGGAAGAGGAGGAAGAAGGCGAGGCAGAAGGUGAAACGGAGGGGGACGAGAUGGAAGAUGAGAUGACAGAUGUUUGAUGAAAGACUUGCCCUUAUUGUUCUCAGUCAUUUCCAUUUCUGCUGCCAUGAAGCCAAAAAGAAUAAAGAGCAUGAUCAGCCCAUGAUCUGCAUCUCACUGGAGCAUCCAAAGGUGUGGAGCGAAAUGUGUGCGA